AUGGAGUUCAGGGAGUUCCGCAACCGCUCGGCGCGCGAGCCCAACACGAGUCCGUACCCGCCGAUGGACUUGACCCCCAAGGAGAAGGACCUCUUGCGGCAGUUGGCCAAGGACUUGGUGGCCAUCAACGUGGAGGAGUUCGAGGAGUUCCUCUUCGAGAACAACGGAUUGCUCCCCGAGCACCAGUGGGAGUUUGUACGUCGUGACGAGCAGGUCGAGACGUUCCUGCGUCGUCGGGAGAAGUACGGAUUGCGUGGCUUCGGCGCUACGAAGCGAUUCCGUCGAGCCACGUCCGACACGAGCGCGAGUAUGAGCAGCACCAAGAGCGACGAGCUGACGUCGCUGGACGUGGCAGAUAUCCGCUCCGUCGGCUUCAAGGACGGCACGAUCGAGGACGGCGUCUACGGCGCUAUGAGCCCCACGACCGAAGUCUUCCGCACCAAGUCGGCGUACGUCGACGACAAGAUCGAGGAGUGCAACGUGCUGGCGCUGAUCGAUAACGUGACGGACGCGGACCCGUUCACGUCGCUCACUAUCCGCUGGCGAGUGACCGAGAACCCGCCGGUGAUGCGGACCUUCCUCAAGAGCUACGACCACAUCUACCUCGAGGCCACAGGCUUCACCACGCUGAGCAACGGAGACCGCGUGAGCUACCAGCUGCUGCACUCCAUCGACUUCCCGCACCUGACCCCUCCCCUGUCGACGCACUCGAGGGGCCAAGUCGCUGGCAUCCUCUUCUUCCGUCAGAUUGACAAGGAUACUGUGCAGAUCCACGGUCGCGCGGUGUUCGCCAUCCCCUUCGAGCGAGCGAGAGCUCUCUUCACGCACAUGGUGCUGGUCUCCAUGUCCAAGUCGUGCAUCAACAUUUUCUUCGCCGCGCACAUGAAAAAGCUGCGUUGGGCGAUUCGGGAGCGAAGGGAAAACGGCUUCGACUCGAUCUCAAGUUUCAACUCUAACGAGUGCAAGGUCUGUCAGAAGACGCCGACGGUCCGCAAGGGAUACAACUGCAUGCUGUGCGGGAGCUGCGUGUGCAAGUUCUGUCGCGUAUUGCACAAAAUCGCAGACAUUGGCCCGGACAACAAGCUCUACUGGACCAAGGUGCGCGUGUGUCCAUUCUGCAUGACGCAAGUCAUCAAGUCCGACACGACCGUCACGAUGCGCUCCGAGAUCGCGGCAGGCGAGUACCCGGACAGAGAUAACAAGGUCUUGUAG